AUGCCCGCCCGUCCAGGGCCUGCUAGCCAGGAAGGCUACCCGUCUUCGUCACCGUCGUUCGACGCACAUUCGAGCGACCCUUUCAACUCCUCAAACCGCCAUUAUCACGAUAACGAGUCAGACCAUGUUGAAUUUGGCGGACGUCGCGACUACAGGGAAACCUAUGCUUCCGAUACCAGCAAUCCUGCUGUGAACGAUUACGACCACAACGGAAACUAUGACUAUCCGCUCCAAGACACUGACUCGGAUCCAGAUGUCUAUGGACAACGACCAGCACCUUCGUCAGAGUCGUUGCCCCCGACAGGCAGCCGUACUGGCUAUCCGGACUCGUCAACGCCCACCUUCAUGGAAUAUGCAGGACCAGCCGGUGCAAGGGAGGCUUAUCCUGCUUGGAGUGUCGAACGCCAAAUCCCCCUCUCUAAGGAGGAAAUAGAGGACGUGUUCCUUGAUUUGACGCAGAAGUUUGGAUUUCAGAGGGAUUCGAUGCGGAAUAUGUUCGACUUUUUGAUGCAAUUACUCGACAGCAGAGCGUCGCGGAUGUCGCCACAUCAAGCCCUGAUCACUUUGCAUGCGGACUACAUCGGUGGCCAAAACGCCAACUAUCGCAAAUGGUAUUUUGCCGCCCAGCUCGACCUCGACGACGCCAUUGGGCAGACACAGAAUCCUGGGUUGAACCGACUCAAGUCGAAGCGGGGCGCAAAACGGCCAGCGCACGAGAAGUCGCUCAACACCGCCCUGGAACGAUGGCGCGAGGCCAUGAACAAUAUGAGCCAGUACGAUCGACUCCGACAGAUCGCGCUCUACCUCCUCUGUUGGGGAGAAGCGGCGCAAGUGCGAUUUGCCCCCGAGUGCCUAUGCUUCAUCUUCAAGUGCGCGGAUGACUACUACCGGUCGCCAGAAUGUCAAAACCGUAUGGAACCGGUUCCUGAGGGUCUUUACCUCAGAGCUGUUGUCAAGCCGCUCUACAGGUUCAUUCGGGAUCAGGGAUAUGAAGUGGUCGAUGGCAAGUUUGUGAGAAGAGAGCGGGACCACAAGGAUAUAAUCGGCUACGACGAUGUCAACCAGCUCUUCUGGUAUCCGGAAGGCAUCGCUCGCAUCGUCCUCAACGAUAAGACGCGCCUCGUGGACCUGCCUCCUUCCCACCGCUUCAUGAAAUUCGACCGGAUCGAGUGGAAUCGGACGUUCUUCAAGACGUAUUACGAGAAGCGAUCGAUAGGCCACCUUCUCGUCAACUUCAAUCGAAUCUGGGUCAUCCACAUCGCGAUGUACUACUUCUACACCGCCUACAAGUCGCCUCGUAUUUACCAGGUCUCCGGUGGCUCUUCAGCCGCCAUGACGUGGUCCGCCACUGCUUUGGGCGGAGCCGUUGCCACCCUCAUCAUGAUUCUUGCCACUCUCGCCGAAUUCUCGUAUAUCCCCACUACCUGGAACAACACAUCUCAUCUAACACGUCGUCUUGUUUUCUUGCUCGUCACCCUCGGUCUUACAUGCGGUCCCACGUUUUACAUCACUAUCGUUGAACACAAUGGCACCGGCGGCCAGCUCUCACUCAUUUUGGGUAUUGUCCAAUUUUUUAUUUCGGUCAUCGCGGCAGUUCUAUUUGCAGUUAUGCCGUCGGGGCGGAUGUUCGGUGAUAGGGUUGCCGGGAAGUCUAGGAAAUAUCUUGCCAGCCAGACAUUCACUGCGAGCUACCCUGCGCUCAACAAGAAGAGUCGUAUGGGCUCUAUCUUGCUCUGGGUCCUCGUUUUCGGUUGCAAGUUCACGGAAUCUUAUUUCUUCCUCACACUAUCGUUCAGCCUACCUAUCCAGGUCAUGGUCGGCAUGAAGAUUCAAGGUUGUCGCGAUCGGUUCUUCGGAAACGCCCUAUGCUCGAACCAGGCAGCGUUUACGCUCACGAUCAUGUAUAUCAUGGAUCUAGUGCUUUUCUUCUUGGAUACCUUCCUUUGGUACAUUAUUUGGAACACGGUCUACAGUAUUGGGAGGUCAUUCAUUCUUGGUCUUUCAAUAUGGACACCAUGGAGGGAUAUCUAUACCCGUCUGCCAAAGAGGAUCUAUGCAAAGCUGCUGGCGACGCAGGACAUGGAGGUCAAGUACAAGCCCAAGGUCCUCGUCUCUCAAAUUUGGAACGCCAUUAUCAUCUCGAUGUAUCGCGAGCACUUGCUUUCCAUUGACCACGUCCAGAAACUUCUCUAUCACCAAGUGGACACAGGUGCUGGGGGCCGACGAAGCCUUCGCGCACCCCCAUUCUUUGUAUCUCAAGGCGAGAAAGGUUUCAAAGGAGAGUUUUUCCCUCCAGGCAGUGAGGCCGAGCGACGGAUCUCGUUCUUCGCUCAGUCAUUAACCACGGACAUUCCUCAACCUUUGCCUGUCGAUGCCAUGCCCACGUUUACCGUCUUGACGCCUCAUUACAGCGAGAAGACCCUUCUUUCUCUCCGAGAGAUCAUUCGCGAAGAGGACCAAAAUACUCGCGUUACGCUCCUCGAAUACCUAAAGCAGCUUCACCCCAUCGAGUGGGAGAAUUUUGUCAAGGACACCAAGAUUCUUGCCGAGGAGUCUGCCAUGUUCAAUGGCGUCAACCCCUUCGCCAACGACGAGAAAGGCCAAACGAAGGCUGACGAUCUUCCUUUUUACUUCAUUGGUUUCAAGAGUGCAGCACCUGAGUUCACCCUCCGCACACGUAUUUGGGCAUCUCUUCGCGCACAAACGCUGUACAGGACGGUUUCUGGCAUGAUGAACUACUCCAAGGCCAUCAAGUUGCUAUACCGCGUGGAGAACCCAGAGGUCGUUCAAUUGUUUGGUGGUAACACAGACAAGCUGGAACGCGAACUCGAAAGGAUGGCCAGACGCAAGUUCAAAUUCGUCGUCUCUAUGCAACGAUACUCGAAGUUCAACAAAGAAGAGCACGAGAACGCCGAAUUCUUGCUGCGUGCCUACCCGGAUUUGCAGAUUGCCUACCUUGAGGAGGAGCCACCCCGCAAGGAGGGCGGCGACCCUAGGAUCUUCUCAUCUUUGAUCGAUGGCCAUAGCGAGUUCGUACCCGAGACAGGACGUCGCCGACCCAAGUUCCGCAUUGAGCUUCCGGGCAACCCCAUUCUCGGAGACGGCAAGUCGGACAACCAGAAUCACGCCAUCAUCUUCUAUCGUGGCGAGUACCUACAGCUCAUCGACGCCAAUCAGGAUAACUACCUCGAAGAGUGCCUCAAGAUUAGGAAUGUGCUUGCCGAGUUCGAAGAGUACACAGUCUCGAAUCAAAGUCCUUAUGCCCAAUGGACACAACAAGACGUCAAACGACCUCCGGUAGCCAUUGUCGGUGCUCGUGAAUACAUCUUCUCGGAGAAUAUCGGUAUUCUUGGAGACUUGGCUGCUGGAAAGGAACAGACCUUCGGUACCCUCUCAGCACGGUCGAUGGCCUGGAUCGGAGGCAAGCUGCACUACGGACAUCCCGAUUUUCUCAAUGCAUUGUACAUGACCACUCGCGGCGGUGUCUCCAAAGCGCAGAAGGGUUUGCACUUGAAUGAGGAUAUCUACGCCGGUAUGAACGCUUUUGGACGUGGGUCAAGGAUCAAGCACACAGAGUACUACCAGUGCGGUAAAGGUCGCGACUUGGGCUUCGGCACCAUCUUGAACUUCCAGACGAAGAUUGGCACUGGCAUGGGUGAACAAUUCCUCAGUCGCGAGUACUACUAUCUAGGUACACAGCUGCCUAUCGACCGAUUCUUGACGUUCUACUACGGGCAUCCUGGAUUCCAAAUUAACAAUAUGUUGGUCAUUUUGUCGGUCCAAAUCUUCAUCCUCACCAUGGUGUUUUUGGGCACGCUAACAUCGCAACUCAGAGUUUGCGAGUACACGCCUUCUGGACAGUUCCUAGGUGGUCAAGCCGGAUGCUACAACCUUGUGCCCGUUUACGAAUGGAUUGAGCGUAGCGUCAUCAGUAUCUUCUUGGUGUUCAUGAUAUCUUUCCUGCCUUUGUUCUUGCAAGAACUCGUGGAACGUGGAACAUGGAAGGCUAUAUUACGGCUGGCUAAACAAUUCGGCUCGCUUUCCCCCGUCUUUGAGAUCUUCUCGACACAGAUUUACACCCAUUCAAUUCUCAGCAACAUGACAUUCGGAGGAGCUCGGUACAUCGCGACUGGCCGUGGAUUUGCAACCACAAGAAUCUACUUUAACAUUCUUUUCUCUCGUUUCGCUGGUCCGAGCAUAUACCUGGGAAUGAGGACGCUCAUCAUGCUCCUCUAUGUCACCCUCACCUUGUGGACCCCAUACAUCAUCUAUUUCUGGAUUACCACCCUCUCGCUCUGCAUUGCUCCUUUCUGGUUCAACCCUCACCAGUUCGUCUUCUCUGACUUCAUCAUUGACUAUCGUGAAUUCUUGAGAUGGAUGUCUCGGGGUAACUCACGAUCACACAACAAUUCGUGGAUUGGCUAUUGCCGGCUCUCGCGUACCAUGAUCACAGGAUACAAGAAGAAGAAACUUGGCCACCCGUCUGAGAAGCUGUCGGGAGAUGUUCCUCGGGCUGGGUGGCGCGCUGUCAUCUUCUCCCAGGUCAUCUUUCCAGUGUUCCUGGCUGUCCUUUUCGUGAUCGCCUAUCUCUUCGUCAAGUCGUUCCCUGAUGCGGAUGGCAAAUACCCACCAAGCCCACUUAUCCGUAUCGCCGUCAUCUCCCUCGGACCUAUCGUAUGGAAUGCCGCCGUCUUAUUGGUGCUUUUCUUGGUGUCGUUGUUCCUUGGCCCUAUGCUGGACCCCAUGUUUCCUAAAUUCGGCUCUGUAAUCGCGUUCAUCGCCCAUAUUCUCGGCGUCAUCGGAAUGCUCGGCUUCUUCGAGUUUUUGUGGUUCCUCGAAUUGUGGGAUGUUUCUCAUGCGGUCCUUGGUCUAAUCUGCGUGAUCAACAUUCAACGUGCAAUCCAUAAGAUCCUCAUCGCCGUCUUCCUUUCUCGGGAGUUCAAACACGACGAAACAAACCGUGCGUGGUGGACCGGGCGCUGGUAUGGACGUGGGCUCGGCUCUCAUGUGAUGUCCCAACCUGCUCGCGAGUUCAUUGUCAAAAUCAUCGAGCUGUCGCUAUGGAGCUCGGAUCUGCUACUCGGACAUAUGCUUCUGUUCAUGCUGACCCCUCCCAUUCUCGUACCCUACUUCGAUCGGAUCCACGCCACUCUCCUCUUCUGGCUCCGGCCAUCGAAGCAAAUCCGCGCGCCUCUGUAUUCCAUCAAACAAAAGCGACAACGGCGCUGGAUCAUCAUAAAAUACGGUAUCAUCUAUAUUGUCGUUAUCGCCAUCUUCGUUGCUCUCCUCGCUCUACCUGUCAUCCUCCGCAAUAACCUAAAAUUCACCUGCACUCUUUGUGACAAUUUGUAA